AUGGAGCCCACCGUCUCGUGCGUCAACCAGAUGGCCCUCGUGAACAGCUACUACCAAGGACUGCUCCGUCUACGAGCCGACUCCGUGCAGCUCCCGCGCGGUGCCUACACCCCACCGCCUCGUGCUCCAACGUCACUGUCCACGUCCGCGUCCGCUCGACGGCAACGGCAGCGAGCGACGGCACGUCGCCGUCGAGCCGAACGACUGGACACACUCCGAGCAGAGGGAAAGUUUGUCCCGUUGCCGGCCGUUGUGCGAGAGGCACUCGAGCGCGCAGUCGCUCACUUCGGUCGCAAGCGCUUCGACUUGCGGGCGUUUGUCCCGUCGUUCGUUGCCAAUUGCGUUGCGGUAUCAGGUGCACCACCUGCAGACGAUGUCGUGCACUCGUUACCAGAGCUGUUCCUUCGGACCGUACUGGACGACGGCCAAUUGCAUUGCAACCGAACGGAUCGUCUGCACGUUGCAACAGUGGACGGCGUGCAGGUCCUCGUGCCAGCUGGAUCGAGCUUUGCCCAGCGCGACGUGCGGGAACUCGGCUGUAUUGAGCUCCUGGAGCGGUACAAGUUGGUCGUGCUGGACCCGCCGUGGCACAACAAGAGCGUGGCCCGUGGAAAGCGGUACCACACGUUCGACCACACAGAGCUCGUGCGUGUCGAUGUACCGCGUCUGGCCGACUCGGUCGAGUGCAUUCUGGCCAUUUGGGUGACCAAUCGACCGCGGUACAUGACGUACCUCCGCGAACAAGCUCUGCCGUCGUGGGGCUUUACGUUUCACGCGUGUUGGUACUGGCUCAAGCUUGGCACAAAUGGGGAACUAGUGGUGCCACUGGACUCGACGCACCGCUUGCCGGUUGAGACGUUGGUCGUGGCCUAUCGUGGCCAGGACGUCGAGCACGAACAGCUGCUGCGCAAACGCCUUGGCACACAGACACGGAUUGUCUUGAGCAUACCAUUGCGACACUCGUGGAAACCACCUCCAGAGAGCUUCUUUGACAAUGAUAUGGUCGCUGAGAGCGACAAGAAAGUCGAAUUGUUUGCCCGCGAGUUGCGGUCGAAUUGGACCAGCGUCGGCAACGAGGUGCUCAAGUUUCAGGCGGCCAGUUUGUACCAGCCAGUACCGCCAUUGUAG